AUUAGAAAUUUUCGGAAUGAAAAAAGUUAAGAGUUGUGAAUAUUUGCCAGAAGAGGUUGUUGUUCAAAUAUUAAGCAAAUUGCCAGUGAAGUCCAUUCUGAAAUGUACUUGUGUCUGCAGGUUAUGGAAUUCUAUCAUCAAAAGCCCUGAUUUCAUCUCUACUUUCUCAUCAAACAAACAUCACCCUUACAUCUUACUGCUUCACUCCCAUAGUUAUAACCACCAAUUCUCUAUGCGUUUCGACAACAAAGAUUUCGAUGAGUACCUGACUCUCCAACCACUUCUCCACCCAGCCAGCAACGUCUAUGAUGUGCUUGUGGUUGCUUCUAAUGGUCUUGUGUGCCUCUAUUAUGCGUAUCGAGGCGUUGGACGCUACAUACAUAAGUUGGUUAUUUGGAAUCCUUCGAUUAGAAAAACAUUGAUGGUACCUGAACCUACUUCUCGUCUUCUUGGUAUGAAUUCUGCAAAUUUACUUGGGUUCGGGUUUGAUUCAAGAACCAACGAUUACAAAUUAUUGUUGGCUCGGUUCACGGAGAACUCUAUUAAUAUCAAGGAUAUGGUUCUCUAUUCACUAAACUCUAAUUCUUGGAAAAAAAAUUACUAAUGUUGCUCUCAAGUACAGGAAUGAUAUAUAUUGGAUGACAACUCCAGCUUUUGUGGAUGGUAGAUUUCAUUGGCCUCUAAUUACUAAGAAAAAGAAUGCGGUUUUGGUGUUUGACUUAAGAGAUGAGACGUUUCAAGAGAUAUCACUACCUGAAUGUUUGGAAAAUGAUGGAUUAUCAUACAUAAAUUUAAAAAUGAAAGCAUUUGGAGAAUCAUCAAUCGCAGUUAUCCAUCGAAAAAGUGAAUAUGAGUGUGAUGUAUGGGUGAUGAAGGAGUACAAUAGUGGUGAAUGGAUGAAGUUGGCAACAAUUGGAAAAUGCUGGAGAGGAAGGUUAGGGGUGCUUGAGUUUAGAGAUAAUGGUGAAAUAUUGGUUUAUUUUUACCGGGGCCAAUGCUUAGCCUCGUACAAUAUAAAGAAUGGACGCGUAAAAAAUCUAAUAGGUUUGAGCAGUCAAAAAAAGGAUAAGAUUUGUGGUUAUAGGUAUGUGGAGAGCCUAGCAUUACUUGACAAAGGUAACGAUAUUUCAAACCAGCUAUUCCUAGCAACUACCUAAACUUCAAAAAAAAAUGAUAUUAUAGCGGUCACAGAGGUGCGAAUUUUAGGAGAGAUUAACAUGUACUAGUGUCAUCGCUGCAGGGCGAUGCUAGCAAAAGGGAACUAAAACAUGCAACUGAGGUAGUUUAUGUGGAGCAGAAAAUUUGAGAAAUCCGUUUGCUUCUAUUGAUGUUUUUAAAUGAACGUUUUGUUGA